AUGGUUGUUGACCUUUUCCAAAACCCCCUCUCCACAAGUGAGCCUCCGGCACACUUCAAGAGAAAACCCCACUCGCAACCUCCAGUCAAUUCCGCUGCCAAUGGCCCUCUCCAAACAAACAACACCUUCAACAACCUCUUGUUAGACGACCAGACCUUUCCCAUUUGGCCCCUUCCGUACUCUAUGUGGGUGUGCAAGGAUGGCGAUGCAGAUUGGGGAAUGGCUUUGAACCAUACAGACUCGUCACAGUAUGUGUUUGGGCCGGACCCAAACCAGGACCCGGCUCAAUUCUUCUUUAAUCCGCCAAAGAUCAAGUCGUUUGCUUUCACUGCUCCUGGUUUUGGUAACAACUUGAAGGUGACCACCGUGAAAAGCGGAAAACUCUCUGCGUUGGUGCAAUUGGAGAAUGGCCAGGGCCGUAUUUCGAUGCCAUUGGCCUACGGAAUGGGCUUUGUCACUGGCAUCUACGAGAACUUGGUGCCGGUGCUUACUUCCCAGGUAGGCUUUAUGGAAUUCAAAAAAGUGGGCAUUGUCAACCAGAACAGAACUGCCAAAUACUCAGUCAAGUUGUUUGACCAGAAGACGUGGCUGAUUUACCUCAGUGGAGACCCAAACAUAGACUUGCGUUUGGCUGACAACAACCACAUCGUGGCUAGUGGGUCUUCCAAGCUUUGUGUGGUGCAAGUGUGCAAAGGAGACUCUCCAGCGUAUGAUGAUGCUUGCGGAAUGUACCCUAUUAGUGUGAAGCUCUCUGGAUCAGUUGAUGCAGAGAGAAAGUCGGGCAAGUACUCGUUUAAGUACGACACUCAUGGCUCAAGCAACUCAGGCUCAAGCUUAGUUUGGUGCCUUCCUCAUCAUCAAGUAAUGCUCUCUCCAGAUAUCAAGAAAAGAGAUAGUGGCAUGCAGCUUGAUUCUCCUACAAAUGGACCCAUGAGAGGCUACGUCACAAAUGAGCUAGAAAUGACCGUUCAGAACUUGCCCACAGAUAUUGGGUUCGAGCCAUGGACUUCUGUCGAUGGCUUUUCUUUUGAUGCUAACAAUUUCACUCCUGAAAUCAAGCAGCUCAUUGGUCAGGUAGCCAGCCAGGAGAUCGAGCAGGAUGUGGCUGGCCAAUGUGAUCUCGAUUCUAUGUACUUUGGCGGAAAGCAGUUGGACAAAUACGCCUACUUGGCACUUGUGACGCAUUUCGUCCUUCAGGACCAAGAGCUUACAAAUAAAAUUUUGCCGAAGAUCAAGGCUGCUAUCGAAAAGUACGCUUCUAACUGCCAGCAGCAUCCAUUGUGCUACGACGAAAGCUGGAAAGGUGUCAUUUCUGAUACUCCACCCGAUCAGGAUUUCGGUAACUCAAACUACAACGAUCAUCACUUCCACUACGGCUAUCAUAUUCACGCCAUUGCAAUUGUGGCUCGUAUUGAUCCGGGUUGGUUGUCAGCGAACAACAAUCUAGUUCACGACUAUGCCAUGACGCUUGUAAGAGACUAUGGUAAUCCGUCAGACAAUGAUCCCUUCUUUCCGCAAUUUCGUAACUUUGACUGGUUUCAUGGCCAUUCCUUUGCGCACGGCAUCUUUCCUAGUGGUGAUGGAAAGAAUGAAGAAUCUUCCUCGGAAGACUAUCACUCAGUUUAUGCCCUCAAGCUUUUUGGCAAUGUCAUUGGGAAUCAGGAGUUGGAAAUGGCUGCCGCUUUAAUGCUUGGUAUCAUGAAAACCUCUUUGAACAUGUAUAUGAUGUAUACAUCAGACAAUGAGCUCUUACCCAAGCGUUUCACUGCAAACAAAGUGUCAGGCAUUCUUUUUGAAAACAAAAUUGACUUUGCCACCUUCUUCGGCAGAGGCACUGUUGGCGACGAAUACGUGCAUGGCAUCCACAUGAUUCCCAUCACGCCGAUGUCCUCAUACAUCAGAGGACUGAGGUAUGUCAAGGAGGAGUGGGAUGCCAAGUUGGCUGGAAUUGUUGACAAAAUUCCCGACGGUUGGCAAGGGAUUUUGAAACUCAACGCUGGUCUCUUCGAUCCCAGGUACUCGUGGAAAUGGUUUUCUAGAAAUGACUGGCAGGACAAUCUUAUUGAUCCAGGAAUGACUAGAUCGUGGGCGCUAGCCUACUUGGCAGGAAUUGGGGGUGCAAAGUGA